CUUGGCCCAGCUCGCUGCCGCUUGGAAGAUGCUGCUGGGCGCGGCCCGUCUGUGUGUGGCGCUGGUGGCCGCUUUGUGGUGCUGCCCCUGGGCGCUGGCGGCGUCCAGUGCCGGGCUGGGCCCCAGCCUCCUCAACUCCAACGCCAUCAAGAACCUGCUGCCAGGCGGCGGCGCCGGGCUGGGGGGCUCCCCCGGCAGUGCCGCGCCCGCAGACUCGGCCCUGCUCGAGGGGGGCAACAAGCACCAGGCCGUCGAGCCCCACCAGCCUUACACGUGCUCAGAGGACGAGGACUGCGCCCCGGACGAGUUCUGCUCCAGCGCCCCGCUCGGGGCCGGCCCCGCAGUCCAGCUCUGCCUCGCCUGCAGGAAACGCCGGAAGCGCUGCCUGCGCCACGCCAUGUGCUGCCCGGGCAACUAUUGCAAUAACGGGAUCUGUGUGCCAUCUGAGCAAGGUCACUUUCACCCCGGGGAGAUGGAGGAGACCAUCAUUGAGAGCUUCAGGCCUGAUCAUGGCAUCCCAGACUUGCAUCCCAAAAGGACCACAUCCCCUUCCCAGCUGCACCACCUGAAAGGUCAGGAAAGUACCACCUGCCUCCGCUCUUCCGACUGUGCUGCUGGAUUGUGUUGUGCGCGUCACUUCUGGUCCAAGAUCUGUAAACCUGUCCUUAAGGAAGGCCAAGUAUGCACUAAACACCGAAGGAAAGGUUCUCAUGGCCUGGAGAUCUUUCAGCGAUGCUACUGUGGAGAAGGUCUGUCCUGUCGGCUACAAAGAGAUUAUGAAACCAACUCUUCCAGACUGCAUACUUGCCAAAGACAUUGAACACCACCCCUCACUACAUAGGAUGGACUUUGGAGAGAGUUUCUGGGCAGUGCAUUGUUUGUUUUGGCAACUCACCUCUAAGGAUGUACAGAUUCGGCGGUUACACUAAGUACUCUGCUGUCUUCCCUUCCUAAAGCUGGAGUAUGAGGCUUGUUUCUUUAAGAAACUUUCAGUGACUAAUUGCAGUAAAUUACUGUGGUGUAAAUACUCAGUGUGGCACUUAACUGUACAUAUUCCAGAAUUUUAAUUUUUCUAAAGGUGCUGCAUGAUCUCUAGUCUGCUAUUGUGACACAUCUUGUACACACUGGUUUUAUAUCUUCCUGAG